AAACCCAGCUGUAACCCAAUCAGCUGAGCUCUGCUUACUCACAUCUUCUCUUCACUCGCAUGUGAACCUUGGCCCCCUUUGUCUCCAUCUAACCCCGAAAACAACUCAAAUCUACCCCUAGAUUUGUCUCAAUAAACACAUCCCCAAAACCUAUGAUUUUCUCUCUGUAGGUUUUCCAUGGCUUCUCCAACUCCAUUCACUCUCUUCCUCUGCUGCUUCCUCAUUUUUCUCCAUCUGGGUCCUCUCAUCCAAGCUCAAAUCGACGAAACCAGCUUGAAGCUAGUGACGGAGGGUCUGGACUGGCCGGCCGCCACAAUGUCGCAGCUGGACGACGAGCUCGAGGAGGCGGAUGACGAGGACGGCGAGGACUUGGAACCGGACGUGGAAAACGGGUACGCGCGCAGAUCUCUGUUCUGGAGGAGAAUGAAGUACUAUAUUUCGUACGGCGCGCUGUCGGCAAAUCGCAUCCCGUGCCCGCCGCGGUCCGGGAGGUCUUAUUACACCCACAACUGCUUCAAAGCCAGAGGCCCAGUUCGUCCUUACUUCAGAGGAUGCUCUAGAAUCACCCGAUGCAGACGAUGAUCAGGUGGAGACGAUGUUGUUGUUGUUUGAUGGGUUUAGAUGGGCUGAGUGGUAAUUAGGAACUAAGUUUUGGGUAUUAGCGUUCGAGGUUGUUUUAUUGUUCAUGGCAUUAAGCAUCUACUUGUUGCUGCUGCAGAAGUAUUAAGAGUGUAAUGUGAUUGCUUUUAUAUGUCUAAUUAUGUGUUAUAGUAAAUUAAUUAAUUAAUCUUUUGAAUCGUA